AUGAAAUUUGACUCAGUACGGUUGGUCCACGUCAAGCGAGACUACAACCAAACCGCAGACUACUUGACGACGAAGACGUUGGCACUCGAGAAGGCGUGGGUGGUGGAGGAUGCUGAUGAGCUGAUGCAUGUGAAUUUUGUCUCCAAGAUCCCGGAGAAGAUAAUGAAGCCCCCAGAAUUCCCAGAACGGAUGGACGACCCAAGUCAGAGCCCGAAGAGCGACGGUCCAAAUGAUUCCGUUUCAGACCCUAGUCCAAGCACGCAUGAGCCAACGCCAUACGUGAGGGUGGUUAUGACCCGAAGCCGUUCCAGACAGGUUAACCAAGUGGAUGGCCCGAGUCACCCACUUGACUGUCGGGACAAACGUUGGAGACGCAUUAAGAUCCACCAGGACGAGGAUCCAGAGUUAAAAAAUCUCAAGGACUAUUUGAGGGGUGACCUGGUGAACUAUGCGCGGAAGGAGGUCAAGAAGAUCGCGAAGGGUUCAGACCGAUACGAAUGUUCUUUAUCGUUUGACCAUGCCUACCCCAGGGACAAGCGUUUCGAACUUCGCUUAGUUGUACCAGUAGCCUUGCGCCCCGACAUCUUACAUCACGCUCACGAAGUUUUCCAUGUGCGUCUGCGGUCAGAGUUUUUCUGGACCGGGAUGUUCCAGGAUGUUGAGGUGUUUGUCAAGGAAUGUAUGGAUUGCGCUUCCUCCAAGGGGCGACCUCCAAACCCAGCACCCCCGCCCGGAAACAUUGAACGAACCAGUCCAUUCGAAGUAGUGUCCAUGGACUUUGUCACACACCUCCCGAAGUCUGAACGCGAGAACACCUUCCUACUCUUGUUUCAAGACAUGUUCACAGGGGUCGUUAUGUGCAAACCCAUGAGCAGUACCACUGCCCAGGACUGCAUUGAAGCCUAUGAGGAAGUUGUGUUCAGGAACUAUGGUGCAAGCUCUGAAAUUCGCCACGACAGAGAUCCCAGGUUCAUGAGUCGGGUGUUCCGCCGUUUCAGUGAGAUGAUGGGUAUCCAGCAGAAAGCGACGCUCGCGUAUCCCCCUCAGGCCAAUGGCCAACAGGAACGGUCGGGUCAGACAUUUAUGCACAGUAUCAGGGCGUAUGUUGAAGUGCCCGACCAAACCGACUGGGACGACCACGCGGAGAAGCUUAUGCAUGCUCUGAAUACCUCUUUCGAUGCGACCAGAUUGGACACGCCGUUCUACCUACUGCACGGGUUCGAUUGUCGGGGUAACAUCAACUGCACCAUAUAUCCAGGUAGGAGGUGGUGGAUAGGCUCGUCCGAACGCAGUAAUUUCAGGGCCUCUUCAUAA